GACGCCGGCUUUCCGCGCGCCCGGGGCAUUGGCACACGCGCUGCCACUCGGCGCAGACGCGCGCACCGCUCCGACGACGCGCUUCAGCUCCCGUGCCGCUGACGUGUGGAGGAGAAGCGCUGCCUGCUGCUGCUGCUGCUUGCCUGCUAGGAAGGAGUGAAAGUGCGCUGUGUACGGAGGGCUGAGAGGCAAGGAGGGUUUGGGCGCUAAUCUCUUUGACCGGUCCCCGAGGCAACGAGGCUGCGCAUUCUGCCCAUCGAACACCGUUCGCUCCGCUUGUUUGAUCGGUGAAUUAGCGGGCCCGCUCGCUACACUCCGCUGGUUUUUGUCUCCGAGAGCUCGGAACUCGCUGACGUGGUCGCCGGCACCAGUUCGACAUGGGUUAGGCUGCCCUGAAAGGAUAGGAACUUCUUUCAGCCCAAGAAUUCUUGAACUAACCACCGGUAAAGUUUGGACUGUUUGUCCCUUGGUCGUCGCCCUUUUCCUGAAUCGUCACCACUUCGGCCACGAAAAAUUUCGGAUGACUCGAAAGAAUGGGUUCCAUGACAAUGCGCCCUUUUCAACUUGCGGAAAUGUGUGAAGCCUGCUGCUAUCCUGCUACGUUGGCAGUAAUAACUUGAACGCCUACAAGUUUGAUUGGGAGGACAUGAAAACAUCAGCACUAGGAGCUACACAAGCCCUGCUGACCGCUGUAAUCUGCACCGUCCUCUCGGUAGCGAUAGCAGCCGCACCCGGUUCAGGAGGAUCGGCUGCAAACAACGUGGAGCCGCCAGAAAAGGUGGUGAACCCUGGCGAGAGCCUUAGCAUCCCGUGCUUCCUCGAGACUCCAGGUGGAAGCGUACAGUGGAUGCGUAAUGGCCACCCAGUGGUUCUCGAUCUGGGUUCGGGAGCUGCCGGCAGCCGUCGCCAGUGGAACAUCUCGCGAGACGGCACUGCUGCGCUCACCAUCACGCAGGUGACGCGAGCCGAUGAUGGCCUGUGGGAGUGCCGAGAGUUUGCCGACGACGACUCCGUCAGGAGGGUCACGAAGGUGCUCAAGCUGGUGGUCACCGGUGCUCCAGAAGAGCCGUUCCUGACACUGAGUGGCGAGCGGCUGCAAGAAGGCUCCCGCGUCACCGUCCAGGAGCGCGAGGAGGUGGAAGUGGGAUGCGUCGCGCGUCGUGCCGUGCCCGCCGUCCGAAACAUGCACUGGAUGCUGGGAGAGACAAACAUGACCGGAGCCAGUCAGUUGUUCGUGGAGUUCUCUCCCCAGGAGGACUCGUACACCACGCGCAGUGUGCUCAGCCUCAACGCAACGCGGGACCUGCACGGCCUGCAGCUUUCCUGCCACGUGUACCACGUGUCGUGGCCCACGUCCACGGCCGUUGCCGCCUUGCUUGAUGUCCUCUACGUGCCGUCUUUCUCGAUCUCCCGUGAGCCGGGUUUCGGUUCCCCGAUCCUGGAAAAGAUGCCGGUGUCCCUGCACUGCGCGGUGGACGCCAACCCGCAAAGCGCGCCGCGAUGGCUCAAGGACGACGGGCAACCUCCGGUACCUCAGAGCCCCGACGGAUACCUCAAUUUCUCCGCCAUCGAGCGCCAUCAUGCCGGCUGGUAUCGCUGCGCUGCCGUCCAUCGUCUCGGGACAUUCGCCUCCUUCGGAUACUACCUCAACGUGCGAUACGGGCCUGAGAUUGUGGAGCAGCCACCUUCGCAGGUGUCGGCUGACUUCGGUGAACCAGUGAAACUGGACUGCAAGGCGGACGGAAAGCCGCCCCCUUCCUAUUGCUGGACGCGUGUGCGUUCUGGCCGUCUAGAAAGCAUGACCUCUGAGAGCUCCCUCCUGCUGGACCCUGUACUGUACUCGGACGCCGGUAGCUACCAGUGCACGGCCACAAAUCACCUUGGAUGGAAGGAGGAACGGGCCCGCACCAGGAACAUCCUGCUUACCAUAUCAGGCCGACCCGACGUCAGAGCGUUAAAUAAAACCCUGACGGCAAUCGUGGGCAGGCCUGUCAGGAUCUCUGUGCUGGUAUGUGCCAAUCCACCUCCGACACGAGCUUACUGGAUUGUGAGGCGCGUGCUUCUGAACCCGGGAGACGCGUCCCACGCCCAUUACGUCGCCAACAACUACAGUAGUGCGGAUACACCCUUUUGUAGAACCACGUCUCUACAGAUUAGGUCGGUUCACCCCGACGACGGCGGAGAAAUACUCUUCGUUGCUAGAAAUCCCAAGGGCAUCGACGAUGCCGCUAUACUUCUCAAUGUCACACACCAGGCAAGCUUAUCCUUCACUGAGGAGAGCUCCAUUGCAGGAAAGCCAGAAAUUAGCUGGCUACUUCCAACAUGGAUGAGCUUAUCUUUGGCCUUUGCCGACCCACUCAGAAGUGGAGGAAGCUGACACGGAUUUUAGGAGGCCAUAGGAACUCCUAAGCAAGAAAAGGCCGUACCACUUCGAAGGGGGCACCCUGCCAAACGGAGGCUAUUGGAAGGCGCAUGUCAAGCCUCUUCCAUUUCUAUAAAGUGCAGAAAUAUUGACUGGCCACUAUCUGGAGGACUGAAUCCACCAGUGCAUUUUGUUCUGAAGAUCUCUCAGCGUUUAGAGAUUGAGCUUAAUCGACACAGCUCACAAGCUGUAAAAGCCGCGAAAGGACCUGGAGUGUUUUCGUCCAAC